CCAACCGAAUCUCAUUCCUUCGUAUAAAAAUAUCUGAAGGCAAACGAGUAAGAAGAAAACAAUAAUGCGUAGAAUCGAAGGGGGAAUGAACAAAUAAUCGCCUACAAAAUUAUUCAAAUGCAUUGCGUUAAUCAAAUCCUUUGCUAUUGAAUCUCCUUGCAAGGUAUCAAUUUCGAUUUCUGCUUUCAAUCUCUCCAUUUUGUCUUCAAUUUUUUGGUUUAGGGUUUGCAUCGAAAUGCGUCGAUGUUUGAAACCCUAGGGUUUGAUCUUUGCUUUUCUUCUCUGUCUCUCUGUUGGGACAACUUUCUGGGGAACUGGAAGAGAGGUUGCACUUGACUUAGGCUUUGUCUCUUCACGCUUUGAAUUGGGUUAUUAGGUUCAUUUUCUGGGAUUUUGUCAUACCAAGUUUUCCUCCCUUUCUCAUGGGGGUGAAAAAAACUUGCUGCCACUUUCAGGAACUAAAAUUGUCAUGUGGUUGUCUUCUUUUGGAUGUGGGAUUCGUUGUUGUUUUCGUAGCUUCUAAAAUUUGGUGGGAAUGUUGUAUUGAUACAUGAACACUGGUUUCUGAGGUCACUUUGUUGGCUAUUUUAAUUUUAUUUGAAAUCGGGUUCAUUAAGUGGAUUUAAUUCAUAACCUCCGACGAUGGAAAACAAUGGUAUAAAGGCAGAAUUUCGUAAGCCCUCUUCUGAAACAGCUGGCAGAAAGUAUAGGCGUCGUUCUUCUGUUAGUGGGUCGUCGUCAUCGGAUGAAAGUCCUAAACGAGACCGUAGUUCUAGUCCAAAGCUCUUGAGAGAUGAUGCUUCAAAAGAUUCUGAACGGAAACCAAGAAGGAAAGAGGAUGAAAGGGAUUUGAAUAAGGAUUCUAGAAAUCAUCAUAGUCGAGGUUCUGAUUCUUAUAGAUAUUCUGAUCGAAAAUCCUCUAGAAGUUUGCAUGGUUACUCUAGGCAUGAUGAUUAUGCCAGACAUGACAAAUAUGCGGAUGAAGAAAGAGAUUAUGAGCGUGUAUCCUCUCGUUCUAAUAGGGAUUCGAAGGGCAGUGCUCAUUAUGAUCAUACACGUCGAGAGAGUGAACAUUCUCGUUCACGAGAAUAUUUUCGGGAUGUAGAAAAAGGUUCUCGAGAUAAAUAUGAUGCUUCUGGACAUAGAAGUAGGGAUGGGGAUUCAUUAUCUGAACGACAUGGUUCUGGUGGUAGAAGGCAUGCGAGCUUCGAAGAAAUGGAGAAACAUAGGAAUGCAAGAGAUCGAGAUGGUCGGGAUGAGAAGAGAGACAAUAUGAAGCAUUCUGGAGACUACAAAAAUGAACGGGUUCUCUCCCAUGACGACGCUAGGGGGAACCGGUAUGACUCACUCUUAGGAAGGGAUGAAAGUAAGCACCGUACAAAAGAAAUUCAUAAAAAUGAUCGGAAGGACCUUGAUGAUGAAAAGUCUUCUAAAGAGGAGAGGAAACAUGAUGCCAGAGAGACUCACUGGGACAAGGUCCAAGGUAAAGAAUUGAAGGGAAAAUAUGAUGGUAAAGGUGUUUUUGUUGAUGAAAAUCAAGGGUUGCCUGCUAAGAAACCUAAAUUAUUUAGCUCUGGAAAAGAAGUUAAUCAUGAAGAAGAUGCUGAUGAAAAUCAAUCUUCAACCUCUAAGAAAGAACAGGAUGGAAAAAUGAGUUUAGGACAGGGCGAAUCUGGCGACUCUGAUUUUGCUGCUGACUUCAGCGCUGCAAAAGUUGCUGCAAUGAAAGCUGCUGAAUUAGUUAAUAAGAACCUUGUUGGAGUGGGUUAUAUGACCACCGACCAAAAGAAGAAGCUGCUGUGGGGGAGCAAAAAGAGUACUGCCGUAGAGGAGUCUGGACACCAGUGGGAUACGGCGCUAUUCAAUGAUCGUGAACGGCAAGAAAAAUUCAACAAACUCAUGGGUGUGAAGGGCGAGCUGAAGAUGGAGUCCCGACCGACCAACCAAGAUGGCAGCGAACUUCUCCGUGCCGAAAAGCAAAAGGAGCUCCAGAUGGAUUUAGAAAAACAAUACACUGCUGGACUUCGCAGAAGAGACGGUCGAACUGUUGGAUUAGGUCUUUAAGCUUAGUUGCUAUAGGCUGUGGAUUAUUUCUGUGGUUUGAUGAAAUUGUUACGAGAACCUUUUCUUUAUGUUGCUGCACUAGAGUUAUGUUGAAUGUGCUUUCCACAACCUUCAACGGUAUGUUCCUCCCUUCUACACCUCGCUUAAAAACCAUAGAACAGGGGCCUUGUGCAUUUAUGAAGGUGAGAAAAUCAUCAGGUUAUCUCCAAUUCCUGAA